UUGUUUAAACUUCAGAAUAUACACAACAGAUUUGCAAACGAGGAUGACCUGGAAAAAGCUUGUGAUUGCCAAUUUUCGAUGAAGAAAAGAAGAAAAAAAUAAAAAAAAUAAAAAAACCCAGAAGAGAAAAAGAGAGAGAGAGAGAGGGAGAGAUUUUCAACAUGACUAAAGAAAAUCUGAAAGGGUUCAUUUUGGCUUUGCUAUCAAGCGGGUUCAUAGGGGCCAGCUUCAUCAUCAAAAAGAAAGGCCUUAGAAAAGCAGCUGCUGCUUCUGGUGUUAGAGCUGGUGUUGGUGGAUAUUCUUAUCUUCUGGAGCCACUAUGGUGGAUAGGCUUGACCACAAUGAUUGUUGGAGAGAUUGCAAACUUUGUUGCGUAUGCAUUUGCCCCUGCUGUUCUUGUUACUCCUCUAGGUGCAUUAAGUAUUAUUGUCAGUGCUGUAUUGGCUCACUUUAUCUUGAAGGAAAGGUUACACAAUCUUGGGAUGUUGGGCUGUGUGAUGUGCAUCGUGGGUUCUGUCAUAAUUGUUAUCCAUGCACCACAGGAGCAUCCAAUUACUUCUGUUCAGGAAAUAUGGAGUAUGGCAACUCAACCAGCAUUUCUGCUUUACGUGGGCUCUGUAAUUGUAUUGGUUUUCAUUCUGGUCUUCCAUUUUGCACCACGUUGUGGGCACUCAAAUGUGUUAGUUUUCACCGGCAUCUGUUCUUUGAUGGGUUCUCUCUCGGUGAUGAGUGUUAAAGCCCUUGGAACUUCAAUAAAGUUAAGUUUUGAGGGAAAGAAUCAGUUAAUCUAUGCAGAGACAUGGUUUUUCAUGAUGGUUGUGGCCGUAUCUGUCAUCACUCAGAUGAAUUAUCUCAACAAGGCACUUGACACAUUCAACACUGCUGUUGUGUCCCCCAUAUAUUACGUCAUGUUCACAACGCUUACAAUCCUAGCCAGUGUCAUAAUGUUUAAGGAUUGGGAUGGCCAAAGUGGAGGAACCAUAGCAUCAGAAAUAUGUGGCUUUAUUGUUGUGCUCUCUGGUACAAUCUUAUUGCAUGUGACCAAAGACUUUGAGAGAAGCUCAUCUUUUAAAGGUAGCUGUGCACCUGUAUCCCCUUCAUUGUCUGCCCGACUUUGCAGUGGAAAUGGGGAAUUGCUGCUGAAGUAUAAUAAUGAGGAAGAUGUGCCAUCUUUGGAGGAAAUUUGCUUAGGCAAACACGAAUUGUAUUAGACAGUUUUGUAUGAGAUGGUACCAUCCAGUUACCUCCAAUGGAAGGGCAAGGCAAGACUGGAAUUUGAAGAACUCUGAGAAAGAUGCCCUCAGAUGAUUCCAUGCUUCCAGUUCUGGUCAUAACCACACCUUCAAUGGUGGAAGAUUUUUAGAACUUGUUCAGUUGCUUUUGAGAAGCACUGGGAUUUCAUCAAUUUUAUGUCUUUUGGUGUCUAGUUUGGAGGAAUGCAUUAACAAAUGAGAGUUACUUUCUGAGGUGCAUAGUUGUACAGUUUUUCCAAGAUUGCUGGUUUCUAAUGGGUGGUUUGUUCACUUGUCAAAUAAAGAAAAUGGCUUUAGGGAAGUUUGAUCGGAACCCUCUGAAGACUUGGAAACCUGAAUUCCAGCAAGGAAGGCAAGUGUACUUUGUCAAAAGUAUCUACAAAGUUGAUGAGCUCCUUGGUAACAUCAUGGUUUCUUCUUCUUUUUUCCCCUUUGUUGGGGUGGGGGGAGGAUCUUUUGUCUUUGACAAGAAGCAGAUGCUUGUAAAUUAGCAUUAAAUUAGGCAUAGCCUCAUAAAUUGAUUGAUGUAGAUUAUUGUAGAGGUGAAUAUUUUUUAGAGAGUGGAAAUGAGUGAUCUGUUUUAGGCUUUCCCUAUAAAUGAGAAUGUUUGGCCCCCUUUUGGUAGGUACACUAAUUUUA